AAAUAGAUAAAACUGUGGGUCCUUUCCUUAAAAACAAAAAUAAAAUAAAAUAAAAAUAUCAAUGAAUCCAUUGAAUUUAAAUAUACGUCUACUUUCAUUGAAUAGAAAUAAGAUAAUACUAUUAAUUAAUUAAAUUUAAUACGUUAAGCUUUCUCAGCCGCUACGUUCUUCACCACAGCCGUCACAGCCAGCGUGUCUUUUGUUCUAAUCCCAUUCAUUAAUAAUUUACCUGUUUAAUUAUCACUAAUCCUCAAUUACAACUCUUUAUUCUCAUUCUAUUAAUUAACUAAUCUUUUCUCUAGAAAACGAUUAAUACCGAUUUGUCACCUUUCGCCGUUUCUUCCUCUCUCUUUCAUCAUAACCUUUCCGACUCUGUUAUCUUUCCCCGUUAACAUUCUUUCUCUUCAAUUUCACCUUUCUUAUCUCUUCCUCUCAAUUCCUCUCAAUUCCUCUCAAUUCCUCAACCACUCCUUCUCUUCAAUCAGGUUUUUUUUCAUCUGAAAGAACAGAUCUACCUGAAUCUAUGGCGGAAGAACACCGAUGCGAAACUCCGGAAGGUCACAGACUCUGCGCUAACAACUGCGGCUUCUUCGGGAGCUCAGCUACGAUGAAUUUCUGUUCAAAAUGUUACCGAGACAUUCAUUUGAAGGAGCAAGAACAAGCCAAAACCAAAUCCACAAUCGAAACCGCUCUUUCUUCUGCCUCCUCCUCCGCCGCUACCGUAGUUGUUGAAUCUGCGGUUCUAGAGAUCGAAUCUCUCCCUCAACCACCGGUACCGUCGAUCGUGACUAACGCGUCGGAAUCUUCGAUCGGAUCGGUUCAACCAAACCGGUGCGGGACGUGUAGAAAACGGACCGGGUUAACCGGAUUCAAGUGCAGAUGUGGAAUCACGUUUUGUGGGACCCACAGGUAUCCGGAGAAACACGAGUGCGGUUUCGAUUUCAAGGCGGUGGGAAGAGAGGAGAUAGCUAAAGCGAAUCCUGUGAUCAAAGCCGAUAAGCUGAGAAGAAUUUGAUUUGAUUUCCGCCGUUUGAUGUGAUUUCGAUGAUUUCAUCUGGACCGUUCGCUGGGGAACUUACCUACACAAACGAAUCAUGUGGCGACGCUUGAUGAAAUGAUGUAAAAUAAUCUAUCUAUUAAAAAAGGUUGAAUAAGUCUUUUUUUUACGUGGCUCUUUGCUUUGUGUAUUAGAUGGAAAAAAAAGUGAUUUUCUUAUUUGAAUGAAAUUGAAAAUUUUAAGUCCA